CCAUAUGAAAUUCCUCCAUUUAAUUAAUUUCCAAUUUAUCUCCCUCUCUCUAACUAUCUUUCUGAUUUAUGCCUUAUCUCUCUCUCUCUGUUUCGCCGGCUGCUCUGAAAGUUCCUUAUCUCGUCCCAACAAAUUAUUUUCUUCCAUUAAAUUCAAUCCAAAUUCAAGGAUGAUGGAGCGCCUGCCUGGUCUGUAGUGAAUUAUCAUUUUUUAGUGCCGAUUGCCCAGAUUUGGGGUUGAAUCGAAUCUCUUUGGAUAAAAAUGGAUCGCUGUGACACUUCUGGAUUUGUUAGUGGGGGUGGGAGUUACUCACUCAACGACUUCUAACCGUAGUAUUUUUGUGGCUAAUUGUCUUCACCCGGAAGUCAGGUUGACUGCUCUAUUGGAAUUGAGAUUUGGUCUGCAUAUCAUUGUUUGAUUUCAGCUGUUCCUAGAUGGAUUCCAGGUUCUCAAACGUGGGGUUCCCUGCUAAUUAUUCUUUGAAUGCAUUCAAGAUUUUGGGUAAUUCAAUGCAAGUUGGAGGAACUGGGGGUGCGUAUAACAUGGAUACUGUUCUACGUCUUGAUUCUGCUGGCUCUUCAGUCCCUUACAUGUCUGCAUCAAAGGGAAUCAAGAGGAAGUGGAGUUCGAUGGAUAGAUCCAUCCGUGGGCAAACUGGGUCGUUAUUGGCUCUUGGGCUCGGCCGCUCCUCUAGUUCCUCAGACAGCAAGGGGAGUUCAACAACUGCUUGUACUACUACAUCUUCAGCCAAAGAAGCUGAUGAAGAGUCCUCAAUGGAUAUUGAAUUGGAUUUUAUCCUCCAUCUUGGCAACGAAAAAGUAAUCAACCCCAAGAAAUCUGCUAGUUCAAGUCCAAAAGGACUUGAUUUGCAGCGAAAUGUGGACCUGGAAUUAAGUCUUUCAUCUGGGCUUUCUGAAUCUGAUAUCACUAGUGUCCAUCUUAGCUCUUCUCCCAGUCAGUCAGUUAUGAAGAUGCCAACAGCAGUUGAAGGCUCCCCAAAUGAAGAUGAAAGAUCUACAUCUUGUCACUGGAAACCUGGAAUUGGUUUGCCUUCAUUCCAGAGUUUACCAGCAAAAGAGGCUAGUGCCUUCUGCAAGGAGGUUCCAAGAGGCAUUGAUCUUUCUCCUAUUGUUCCAGAACUAUCUUCAAGCGUGAUUACUACACCGAAAAGCUCGGUCACCUGCACUUCCGGGAUGACACGGCAACAACAGCCACAACACCGCAGCUCUAGUUCAAAGACAUGUCAGAUUGAAGGAUGUGUAAGGGGGGCCAGAGGUGCUUCUGGCCGUUGCAUAUCUCAUGGUGGUGGCAGGAGAUGUCAAAAGCCUGGCUGCCAUAAGGGAGCAGAGGGCCGGACUGUGUAUUGCAAGGCCCAUGGUGGUGGUCGGCGAUGUGAAUUUCUUGGUUGCACAAAAAGUGCAGAAGGCCGUACUGAUUUCUGCAUUGCCCAUGGUGGUGGUCGGAGAUGUGGCCAUGAUGGAUGCACUCGAGCUGCCAGAGGCAAAUCAGGACUAUGUAUACGUCAUGGUGGUGGGAAGAGAUGUCAAAUGGAAAACUGCACUAGGAGUGCUGAAGGCCUCUCAGGACUCUGCAUCUCACAUGGAGGCGGGCGGAGAUGCCAAUUUAUAGGAUGCACAAAGGGGGCACAGGGGAGCACCAUGUUCUGCAAGGCACAUGGUGGUGGAAAAAGGUGCACGUAUCCGAGAUGUACAAAGGGUGCUGAAGGGAGUACUCCUUUCUGUAAGGGCCAUGGAGGGGGAAAAAGAUGUGCAUUUCAAGGUGGUGGUGUUUGUACAAAGAGUGUGCAUGGAGGAACCAACUUUUGUGUAGCGCAUGGUGGAGGUAAGAGGUGUGUGAUGCCUGAAUGCACAAAGAGUGCAAGGGGACGUACUGACUAUUGUGUUCGCCAUGGUGGAGGCAAAAGAUGCAAGUUUGAAGGGUGUGGCAAAAGUGCACAAGGUAGCACGGAUUUCUGCAAGGCACAUGGUGGAGGAAAGAGGUGCUCCUGGGGCCAUCCUGGGUCAGAAUAUGGGAACCAACCUUCUGGUCCUUGUAACUAUUUUGCAAGGGGAAAGACAGGUCUCUGUGUGCUCCACAGCAGCCUGGUUCAAGAUAAGAGGGUUCAUGGGGGUGCAACGCUUGGGCCUAUUGUUGAAGACCAGAAACUCAGCAAGUCUGGGGAGAUGAAAGAGAUUGUUAAUGCCAUGGAUGCAAAUGUCGACACUAGGAACAUAUGGAGUGACGUAGAAGCUUCUGCAAGCACAAGUUGUUCUAGUUUGAAUCAAUAUGGAGUUCCAAAUGCUUGUAACUCUGUCUCCAAAGGAGGGUUCUCUGUUUCAGCUCCUGAAGGUAGAGUCCAUGGUGGGAGUUUGUUGGCAAUGCUAGCAGGCGGUUCCUGUGUUGGCUCAGCCAACAGUGCAGGUUUUACCGGCAAUCCAGCAGGGCCAAAUAAAUCUAUUAAGCCACCCCAGAACUGGAUGUAGGUUUAUUUCACAAGUAUUAUCAAAUUAUUAUUGGAAAAGUUAGCCAGUAUCCCUGCUUGUUUGCAUCCUUUGGUUGUUAGUUUGUUAGUGUUAGAAACUUUUCGCGGUUCAUUAGUCCAGUUUGUUAUCAUUGGGGGGAUGGGGUAGGCAAUAUAGCUUACAAUGAAUCAGGGUCUUUGUUCAUUCCUGUAAAUGUUUCACAUAUUUCCAGCAUGUUGUUGUGAAUAUACAGAGUAGUGCCUGUAAGAUGAAUCAGUUUGUCCGACAUUAGUGGUUAUAAUAAAGCUUUCUUUGGGAUCA